UAACGCGAUUUUUCACGAGCGACCAAUUUGCCCCACAAGUCCAUAUUCCCCACCCUCUCCAAGCCCCAUAUUUUCCAUUAAACAUUCCCUGGAGCGGAUUAAAAAAUAAAUAAUGAAAUCAUCAGUGAGUCUUGUCCCCCCAAUGAGAUCGAAGUAACGGGUUUACGCUCGUCAAGGCCCCGCUCCCCACUAUGGUCCCAGUCUGACGGGGCCCGAGAAUAAGAAAGUCCCGGAGUAAAAGUGGACACGAGCUGCACAAAACAGUCGAGAAUGAACAGCCAGGAAGUGCGUGAUACGCAUUCGUUAGUCAUGAGAAAUCGAGACUCCACUUGAAUAUGUUUUGGUUUUUUAUUCUGAUCUUCGUGGGCAGUGGACAUGGCCUCCGGCUGGCUGCCUACGUAUCCUCUGGUGGACUUCACGGAGAAAUUCGGUUCGAGCCCGGAACUGCUGGGGCCCUUAGAAUUCGCUUGUCAUUGAAGGCCACUCUCCAAUAUCCUGAUCAGCAGUGGACGUGGGCUGUCACCAGAUUUCCCGUCGACUACACCAGGAUCGAGGAUCGAUGCAGCGAUCAGCACCUGGGGGAAACGAUAAUUGACCUCACAGAGCCUCUGGGUCCCCUCACACUCCCAGGAAACGAGACGAGUGUCUCCGAAAUCCCGAACAUAGCUCUGACCGGGGACCGGGGCCUCUGGGGUAAAGGGCUCGUCCUCCGGGAGAUCUACACCCCCCGAACGAUUUGCGCCUCGAUAACAGUCCUGGAGAGAAACGCCGAGAAAAAUGCUGAGGCGCGAUUCAACGGACCAGUCGCCGGAUCCGUCUGGUUCCGGUGGCUGGGGGGGACCGCCGGGGACUCCACCACGGACACGAUAAUCUACGCCGAUCUCCAUCACACGUCCAAGCAGAAGCUCCAGAGUGUCGCCUUCACCGAGCACAGCUGGAAAAUCUACGUGACUGAUAUAUUCGACUCGGGGACAGACAAAAGCGACUGCAGAAUUCUCCAGAGUGUCUUCGAUCCCGAUGACCUGGGCUCGGGCAGGUCCAUUGGAGAUGUGGACUCCAGACUGGGGAAGAUCAGGGUCGCUGUGGACACGGGGAAGAGGUCCAAGACUGCCUACAGAGAUCCUGUAAUCUCUCUGCUGCCUGCGGAUCUUCUCGGAACGCACCGAUCGCUCUAUUUGGUGGUUUUCCAUCCCACGCAUCCGGAUUCCGUUCUGGCCUGCGCCAGGAUCAAGAAUAAGAAAUUUUUGUUCGCCAAGAGUUUGGUGUCCUCCCAUGGUCUCAAAGGUGACCUGACAUUCACCCAAGAAACCCCGUACCACCCGACCUGGGUGAACGUCUCUCUGCACCCAAUAAACGACCUGGAAACCCGUCUACGAUAUGAAACAAAAAUCGCAGCUUACAGGAUUCACGAAUUUCCCCGGGAUCCUCGUGACACAAAUCACCAGGUGGGUACUGAGUGUCUGACCACGAGAGAGCUGUAUAACCCCAGGAAAUUGGACGUGAGCACAACUCCCCCGGCUGGAUUCGGAACGCAGGAUCAAUACGCGAUUGGAGAUUUAUCGGGAAAACUCCAGGGGAGGAGGGAGGGCACUCAGCACCAGGAUAUUCUUCCUGGGAGUGCGAAGCUGAACGGGAUUUAUUGGGAUAUAUUUCUACCGCUGUCUGGAAGGCACAGUGUCCUCCACAGGUCGAUAGUACUGCACAAGUACAACGAGACUGAUAAUAAGGGAUUGAUCCCCUGGAUAUGCAGUACGAUAUCUCAACAUUUAUCCCAGACAGCUGGACAAAUGCCAAUGCUGACGGCGCAGGCUGUAUUCAAAUACCCAUUGGUAGGAAGAAUUUUAUUUCGUCAGCCGCAGAACGAGCCUGAGAGUGACACCACUAUCAUAAUCGAGAAUUUAAUUCACGCUGACGGAAGUGCACUCAAUAAUUCCGCCGAGCACAGGUGGAUGAUCCACGUCAAUCCUCCUGGCAAAGACUACUACAACUGGACAGCUCGAUGUCAAAGUGCUGGUGCCCCAUACAAUCCCCACAAGGUAGACUGGGAUCCAGAUCACCCGGAGCGUUGCUCCCACGAGGAAGUGAACCUCUGUCGUUUGGGGGAUUUGUCACGUCAUGGAACGCUGGAGAUUGCGGGUCGUAAGGCCGAGGGGCCGAGGAUCAGUAGAAAACUCUUCACUGAUUCAUCGCUGCCUCUGUCCGGUCCGAAUUCCAUUCUGGGGAAGAGUCUGGUGAUAUACGACGAUCAUGGACCUGUGGCCAGGGGCGAGAGGCUCGCUUGCACGAUUAUCAGCAGAGUCUACAGGAGAAAAGCAGUCGUCAAAGAUUGGUUUGGAAACAGUGAACAUGUUAGAGUUCAUGGAAAAUUUGAGUUCAUUCAGCAGACGGAGUACGAUGUUACAGACGUUGAAGUCAUGCUGGAGGGUUUGGAGGGAAAGACUGGGGCAUAUCACAUCCACAUGACCCCGGUAGAAAUGGACCUGGAAUUUCCCUGCGAGGCGACGAGCCUCUACGACCCCUACAACCCCCUAAAUGUCACCAAGUCCCUCUCGCUGUCCCCAGGCGAGGGGACCACGGAUCAGUACGAGUUGGGUGAUCUCAGUGGCAAGUUCGGAACCCUGGAGAAGCGCAGGAGAUACAUCUCCACGUACAACGACACUCUCCUCCCCAUAUUCGGGUACCAGAGUAUUUUAGGAAGAAGUAUAGUUAUUCAUAAGAAGGAUGGGGACGUGCGAUGGGCCUGUUCCAGCAUCGAGAGGGGUUACGCACCCUCGGAGGCGAGAGAACUCAGGGCAAUUGCCUCGUUUCAUCAUCCGCAGGGGUUCGCUUUUGGGUACAUGCGAAUGACCCAACUCAUCUACAAAGACGGGAGUCAAAGCGAAACGAUAAUUGAAGUUAAAUUGAGGCAUCCUGGUGAACGAGACAGGAAUGUCACGAGGAACCACAACUGGGCGAUCUACGUCAACCCAGUGGGUGUUGAUGCCACAGUUAAAACUAAGGCUACACGAUGUGUGGCUGGGGGAUACGUAUGGAACCCCUAUUUUACGCAAUUGGCAGAUCCCCUCAAUGAGGAUCUUUACAGGCAGGAAUGCGGACCUGAUCAGCCCCUCAGGUGUCACGUGGGGGAUCUGUCAGCAAGGCUGGGGCCUAUUGACAUUGGACUGGGGAGGAGAGUCUUCAGUGACGCUAAUUUUCCACUGGAGGGGGCUGUGUCAGCUCUGGGGAAGUCCAUUGUCAUCAAGGACCAGAAUUUCGGGUCUCAACCUUUUGCCUGUGCCAAUAUCGAACCUGAUUUUGAUAUCGUCAAAUAUGCCAACAUCAGAAGACCUCCACGAUUUGUUGUAGCUCAAUUCCUGGAGGACGUGAGGCAGAUUAUGGGGAUUCCCGAGUGGAUGCUGUCUAUCGACAACAGAAAAACAAAAAUCUUGCACUCUGGUGCGUGCAUCCAGUUCCUGCUCCACUUUCGCGGGCCAAUAGCCAGCAGAAUAGAGCAGGACUUUAGCAGGUUGAUAUCAACGGGAAAGUUAAAAGAGCCCAGUCUAGCUAUACCCGGAUGGAACCAACCAAAACGAAAGACCACCCUGGGCCACCGACAAUGUGGCACUCGUGAUCCCAACGACAAAUCCUUCAAGUCCCCAAACUCCUCACCAAAAAUUCACCCCUCCCUCAUUCUGAUGCUAAUCCCCCUGAUUAAUUACGUGUCAUUAUCAAUAUAAUUAUAUUUUAUUUGAAUAACAACUUUACAAGACUUAAUUCCUCACAUUUGUUAGUUGUAAUAUUCGUGAUGCCUUGAGGAAAAAAUAUAAGUUACGAACAAUUUAAUCCUUUCAUCA